AUGGCCUCGAUCUUAACGGACAAAGCAGUCCAGAAAGCUGAAGUGAUCGCGGUCCAGGAACCAUGGAUCAACUCUCAAUCGGCGAUAACCCACCACCCGAACAAAGCCACCCACCGACUAGUUUUCCCGAAACUAGAAGAACGAGCUAGGGUCUGCCUAUUCGUGUCGAAACGGAUCGACCCAGGAAUCUGGUCAUGCAAGACGGUGUCGAAAGGAUACCAACUCCUAAAACUAAGGAGGAACCACCACCACCAGGGUGGGUGGACCGACCUCUUCGUGCACAACAUCUACAACAACAACGACGACGAGACCAUAAAACAGCUAGGUGAGGAACUGGCUCAGAGACUGUAUGCUGAGCAUAUCGUGGUAGGCGACAUGAACCUCCACCACCCAAUCUGGGGAGGGGACAGUGUUAAAGCUGAAGCUGCUGCCGAGCAGCUACUCGAUACUCUCGGGAAGCACAAUCUGGGGAUAACGACGGAGCAGGGGACGGCGACGUGGCGGCGCAAUAAGCAGGCAUCUGUCAUUGAUCUCACUUUCGGUUGUGGAUUGGAUCACUACCCGGUUGUAACGACAAUUGACAUCGUGACGCCACCGUACGAACCACCAAAGAGAAGGAACUGGAAGGCCACAGACAAUAAGAGGCUGAUAGAAUUCGUCGAACAACAUAUCAGCCAACUCACCACCACCACCGCCACCGCCACCGCCACCGACACAUCCAACCCCAGAAGCCUCACAACUGCUAACGAUGUGGAAGCCAAGUGCCAGGCAUUCAUGAAAAUCAUCAAUGAUGCAGUCGAUAUCUCCACACCGUGGGCGAUCCCUUCGCAGUGGGCGAAUCCUAGUUUCACACCGGAGUGCCAGGAAGCAGUCAAAGAAGUCCGACGACUCCGCCGUCGACAUGAACGCACAGGUGACCCAUACGACAAAGAGCUAUACAAAGCAGCAAGAAACCAGAAGAACCGGCUGAUCAAGACCGCCCUCUGUCGAUACCACCGCCGGAAGGUACAGGAGGUUAUCGAGGAAGGGCCUGGCGGCAUGUGGAGGAUGAGCAAAUGGGCGAGAAACCGGCAGGGGGCGUAUGACCAGGGGGUCACGCCGUCGAUCAAGAUACUAGGGACGGAGGACCUCGCAGAAACGGUCGAGGAGAAGGCAGCUACAUUCCAACAAGCCUUCUUCCCAGUGCCACCACCGGCAGAUCUCUCUGACAUCGAUCCGACAGAGAUCAAUCGAAGACCGAUCCACUUCCCAGAGAUCACACACCAAGAGAUCACACAAGCAGUCAAAGCCUCACCACCAGACAAAGCGCCAGGAGAGGACGGCCUUCCGAACUCACUGUGGCAUAAGCUUAUUGAGAUCCCGGCAGUACUUGACACUAUCUCUGGGAUUUACAACGCCUGUAUACGGCUCGGUACCAACCCGUCACACUUCCAGAAAUCAAUCACUGUGGUACUACGUAAGACUGGUAAGCGUGAUUACCAGCUUGCGAAGUCCUACCGACCAGUUGCACUCCUUAACAAACUCAGCAAAUUCCUUGAGGCAGUUAUUGCACGAAGAAUUAGCUACGCGGUGGAAACCCACAAAUUACUCCCGGAUACACAUCUUGGAGGAAGAAAAGGAUCUCAGUGGAUCAUGCCAUUCAGCAAAUCAUCGGCCGGGUGCGGAGAGCAUGGGGCAAUAGCAAGAUAG